AUGAACGAUGAUGCUUCGCCCAGCUCCUCGGCGCGAGAUGAGCUCUGGGACGACGAUGACGCCGCCGCAGGUCCGGCGCGAUCGCAAGAGGCUGUCAGCGCUGGCCCUGCGCAACAAUACGACGCUCGUCCGCGACCUGCAUCGCAGCAGCUACGUGUGCCUUCAAAGAAGGAUCUCAAGAAACACUGUCCCGGCCUCCAGAAGAAGCUCGUCUUCCUCACCCACCUGCUUAAGUCGCUCGAUCUCGUCGUUUUUGCCGAAUUGAGCGCCCUAUAUUACAUGGAAUGCUCCAUGUUUCGGUUUCUUCUGCGAGCCUUUGGCCAAUACCUCUACCUGAGUCCCAAGGAUGAAUCAUUUCCAGUCGCCUUGACCGCAACCCGCGUGCACGUCCUUCUCGUCGUCGCACCCAAUCUUAUAUGCAUGCUCCUACAUCUAUUCACUUCUCUCCCAGUCGGACGAGCCGACCAGCGAGGAUACCAACAUGGUGGUCUCGUGAUUGACUUUAUCGGGCAAACACCAUCCAGUUCCCGAAUUUACUAUGUGCUUGCCGACAUCUUCCUAUUGGUCUUGCAGUGCAUCAUGCUGACGAUACAUACUGAACGCGAACAAAUGCGCGUUACGCUCAAAACAUUCCGUCCCUUGGCCGCAGAUUUGGCUCAGCAAGCCGCCGCCGGCCGAACGAUACGAGAGCUGGAUGAGGAGGAACGGGGCGUUUCCGCCAUGAUGGACGAGGAGGCUGGAGAUGAGGCAGUCGAGGUCGAAAUGAGGCUCCUGAAUCAAGGCGCUGGCGCAGAAGUUGGGAAUGAGGCUGGCCCCAGCAACAGCAACACAAAUAAUGAUGGCGACAACACGACACACUUGUUCAAUGUCAUGAACUCGGGCAAUGGGGUUUUGGGACCAUACCAUGUGCUUCACACAAUUCGCCAUACAGUCAUGGAUGUGCGCAGAACAGCCGCGCACUCGUUGACGAGCAUGGGUUAUGAUGCAACCUUUGCAGCGAUACGAGCAAAUGCUCAGCGGCGAGCAGUAUCGGAGCUUACGACUACACCUGUAAAUGUAUAG